UCACCUUUUUUUUUUUUUAUUUUUAUUGUGAGAGAAAGAAAUAAAGUUGAGUGUUGAGAAUACCGUUUCUUCCAACUUCCACGGUCCAAUAAUUUUGAUUCAGCCAUUUUUGUUUCUUUUUCUUUUCUUCUUUCUUCGGUUCCUCACUUCUUCUCUUUUCCACAAAACACAAGAGAGAGAGAGAAGAAGAAGAAAGAAUAAUGGAGGGUGAGGGUGCAGCAGUGUGGCAAGGUGCGGUUUUAGGUGGAAUAAUCUUCUGGCUUGUUUCUGCUUCAUACCUCAACGUUACUCGCAAACUUAGGUCUUUCUUACAACCUUGGGUUACUCAUCACGUUGUCACUCAAACCCCUAUUAUCCUCAAGAUCCAGAGUUACGGGUUUGGGUUCCUGGAUGCACUUUUCUCUGGGUUGUCUUGCGUUGUUUCUGUGCCCUUCUACACUGCUUUUCUCCCUCUGCUAUUCUGGAGUGGUCAUGGCAAAUUGGCGAGGCAGAUGACGUUGUUGAUGGCGUUUUGUGAUUAUCUUGGAAACUGCAUAAAGGAUGUGGUUUCAGCUCCAAGACCUGCUUCUCCACCUGUCAAGAGAGUAACUGCCACCAGAGAUGAAGAGGAUAAUGCGUUAGAAUAUGGAUUGCCUUCCUCUCACACACUUAACACAGUUUGCUUAUCUGGCUACCUUUUGCACUAUGUCCUGACUCAUACUCAAAUUCAAGGUGCCUAUGUUACUUAUCUUGGAGUUUCUCUUGCCUGCAUGCUGGUGUUUUUCAUUGGUUUGGGAAGAAUUUAUCUUGGCAUGCAUAGUGUGGUUGAUGUUCUUGCUGGCCUUCUUAUUGGACUCGUUGUCCUUGCAUUUUGGCUUACGGUUGAUGAAUACAUGGACAGUUUUGUGAUCUCAGGACAAAAUGUUACGUCCUUUUGGGCUGCCUUGAGCUUUCUCUUGCUUUUUGCUUAUCCAACUCCUGAACUUCCAACUCCAAGCUUUGAGUAUCACACUGCUUUCGAUGGUGUUGCAUUGGGAAUUGUCUCUGGGGUGCAACAAACAUACCAUCAAUUUCACCAUGCCAAUGUUCCUCGUUUGUUCUCGUCAGAGCUGACUAUACCUGUAUUUCUGGGAAGGAUGCUAUUGGGAAUACCUACAAUUCUAAUUGUGAAGUUCUGCAGUAAGACUCUCGCAAAAUGGACCAUUCCUGUGGUAGCGAACACCUUGGGCAUCCCAAUAAAAUCAACCGGCUAUAUACCUACACUGAAUGGAUCUGUGACAGGUAAAAUGUCUGAUAAGCUUAAACAAGGUUACUUGCAAAAGCUCCUUUCCCAGCACAAGGCAUUCGAUGUUGAUACCGGAAUUAGAUUUGUUCAGUAUGCAGGGCUUGCCUGGUCUGUAGUUGACCUAGUGCCAUCUCUUUUUUCAUACAUGAGCUUGUGAUUUGAAAAUUUUGUAGAGCCAGAGACCAUCCCAUUUCGGUCAUAUCCAGUCAAAAUUAUAUAUCAGAACAUACAAGAAUAGAGCAUUUACACGCGAUAAAAUUUUGACGUGAGAAUCCCUUGUAGACCCAUAAAAUGUCUCUGCAAUCUUUGCAAGCCCCAAAAAUAUAUAAAGAUUAUGUUCACGUAUUAAUUUUCUGCAAUUAAUUUUCAUGCCUGUGUCGUAGCAA